GCCAAUAAAGCGUGAACCCGUCCGUCCGGCUCGCACUUUAAGACUUCCCGAGCGGCCGUGGGGGCCGCCAGUCGAGACGGGAGACGCUUACCUACCGCUUCCCUCUCGCCCGGUGCACCUGGCUGCAGGGGACCUCGUUCGGAGGGAGGACGGCGACAGCUCAGCGGAGUUGGAAAGGGUGCGCGCGCCGUCCCGGGCACGGUCUCUCGGAGGAAAGCGGGGACGCUUUGGCGACUCCUUCUCUGACCUGCCUCCUCCCCCCGGCUGCCUCCAGCCCGGCCCGGGAAAGGUGGGACGGCGCCACCUUUGGUUAAGGAAGCAGACGGUACCGGGCGAGUAGGAUUCGAAAAUGCCCCGCGCAUUUCUGGUGAAGAAGCCGUGCGUCUCCACGUGCAAGAGAAACUGGAGCGAGCUCCCCGACGAGGAGCGCGGCGAGAUCUACGUGCCAGUCAGCCUGGGCUUCUACCCACCACAGCGCUACCUGGAGCCAGAGCCGUCGGUGGCUGAACCCCCUUCUUGCCCCCUGGCUUUGGACAUGAGCCUUCGGGACUCCAGCUAUAGUGUGGCCUCCGGGCCCUGCGUGGUGGCCCAGCUGCCCUCUGAAGACAUGGGCCACUUGACAGACCCUCAGAGCAGAGACCACAGCUUCCUGCGCCCCAAGAUUAAGGUGACCCUGGGGGACAGUCCCAGUGGAGACCUCUUUACCUGCCACAUCUGCCAGAAGGCCUUCACCUACCAGCGCAUGCUGAAUCGUCACAUGAAGUGUCACAACGACGUCAAGAGACACCUCUGCACCUACUGUGGGAAGGGUUUCAAUGACACCUUCGACCUGAAGAGACAUGUCCGCACCCACACUGGCGUGCGGCCCUACAAAUGCAGCCUGUGUGACAAGGCCUUCACGCAGCGCUGCUCUCUCGAGUCUCAUCUCAAGAAGAUACACGGCGUGCAGCAGAAGUAUGCGUACAAGGAGCGGCGGGCCAAGCUGUACGUGUGCGAGGAGUGUGGCUGCACGUCCGAGAGCCAGGAGGGCCACGUCUUGCACCUGAAGGAACAUCACCCCGACAGCCCGCUGCUGCGCAAGACCUCCAAGAAGGUGGCCGUGGCCCUGCAGAACACCGUCACCUCCCUGCUGCAGGGCAACCACCACCUCUGAGUGGCAGCGCUCCAGCCGAGCGCGACCACCCUGCCACCUGGCCAGCCCACUCACCUGCAGCCUCUUGCUGGAACACUGGUGAUCAGGACCGGCGCCCCCGGGCGCCCAUGCUCACUCAGGCCCCAAACUGACCUCUGCUCACAUUUGCACUUUUGUACGAUGGGCGGAGGCCGUUCCGAGCCUGCGCAAACGUGCGGAAGUCCUGGGCAGGGGGCAGGCCAGGACUGCCUGCGAUUUGAAGCAGCACACCCACAGAGACAGGACUUCCUUCCCAGGGGGGUUUCAUGGGGUGAGCCUGUCACCUUCCGCCUUGAGCACAGGGGCAGGGCCUGACGAUGGACAGAAGAGCCAGGAGCGCUGGCACAGAGCACCCUGCAACAUGGUGGCAGAGGAGCUGGCAGCAGCCCACCUGGCAGUGCUUCCAACGCUCAGGGCUAAGGGGGCUCUGCCCUCCCACAGGGAGAGGCAUACGGGUGCACAGCUGCAGACCUGUGUGGGCACCACACGGCAGGCCUUUCCACGUAUCACCUCACUUUUAAGAAAUCAACUACAAGGUGCCAAGGAGGUUUUAUUUCCUUUUUUUAAAGAUGACAAAUGUAUAGAUAUUAAUAUAUUUUUGGUGCCGAUGGCGACUAUUUUUAAGAGAGGAUGGAGCUGGCUUAUCUCCCUCCCCAUGUGGAUCUAUUUAUCCUGGACAUUUCACACUUCCUCUGGGCCUUGGCUCUGGGGUGGCUGCUCCGACACACCCCGUCCUUCGUACCUCCUGAGAUAUUUAACCUAAGCCUGCCUGGAGGAUGCACUGCCCUUUCUGUUCUUCCCCUUCUGCUGGGAUAGCUCAUCACACCUUCUGCUCUUCUCUCCCACAUCCUUUCGAGGCAAGCCUCUGGGUUACCGAGGGCAUGUUUGUCUCCUGAUACAGACCUUUUGUGUAACAACUCACCGUUCUGGAGGUCGAGGGCUUGUUCAACUACAGCUUUAGGGGUGGUGAAUCUUUGAGAGGCUCAGAGGCUAUGGCCUGAAGUACUGAGAGGAACACCGGGUGAGGCUGCAAGAUCUGUUCUUUUUCUGGUUGAGUCAAAAACCCGAAGUCAGCAGCAAUCAAUUGGGACAGAAUAAUAACCCCACACAUCAGAAACCUGUAGAGAGAAGACAGUAUUAGACAAUCAAUAAGUUAUAUUUGUAGCCUCUGUGGACUGUUUUCCAAAUGGCAAAGCUGGGUCUCAGGCACCUAAGGCGCUCCUUAGAGUCACCAUCUUUGGGCUGGUUGGUUCCAUCCUAGGGACUCGGCCAGGCUCUCUUGGCUUGGCUGGGUUUCCUGCUAAUAACAGGAAAGGGGUGUGGGUUAAAGGGGACAGACAGGCCCGGGUUGGAGCCAGGCUGCUGAAGAAUGAGAAGGCAAACUCAAAAGAGGUCCACAGAACACAGCGGCGGGCCGCCCGGGAAGAGCGGCGUGGGCACAGCCACCGGCGAAAGGGCAUGAGCCUCUCAGAUUUCUCUCCGAAUGCAGAUAAUAGUUUUGGAAGACUUGUUUUACUUUACCUUAGAGUGUGUGGGAGCUGCUGUAUUCUGGAAGUUAUCUAGCAUAAAAUAACAGUAUCUGGAAGCUCUGUUUACAUUCCUGUAUCCCUGUGUUUGUUGUUAAUCUGAGGAAGUCACAAGGCUCUGUGUUAUCUAUUUUAUUUUAUAACUUUCCCCCCAACUAUUAAAAUCAAAGAAACUA